UGGGCUCCCUCCCUCCCAUCACCACGUUUUCAUCUCUGUCUUGUUCAUUCCGGUUCCAGGGACCAACCCGGUGUGGCAUGACAGAAAAAGGCUCUGUGUACAUUACCCGGAAAUGCGUUUUAACACGCGUUAGUGGCAGUAGGAGAAAUGUGGGGCUGACCGGAGUUGUUAUGGUCAGGCUGUUGCGCUAGGCUAGGGCGGAGAAGGCGGCAGGAGUGGCAGGGCUUUUUCUCUCCUCAGUGAAGUGAUUUGUUAAAUGUUCUUUCCUCUACCUUUCACGAACAUGCUUUAUUUCCAGCUGGUGAUCAUGGCGGGGACGGUCAUGCUAGCGUUCUACUUCGAGUACACGGACACGUUCAACGUGCAUGUCCAAGGGUUCUUCUGCUAUGACAAUGCCUACGCGAAGCCAUUCCUCGGACCGGAGGAGUCCAGCGCGAUCCCGCCGGUUCUACUGUAUGCGCUCGUGGCAGGGGUCCCUACACUUGUGAUGCUAAUCUCAGAGGUCGUCCUGUUUUUGAUACAGUGCUCGUCUAAAGAGCUGGGCAGUGAGGAUAAGACCAUGCUGACCGGUGACUGCUGUUACCUCAACCCACUGGUGCGCAGGACCUUUCGCUUUCUGGGCAUCUACACGUUCGGCCUGUUCACCGUGGACAUCUUUGUGAAUGCCGGCCAGGUGGUGACGGGGAACCUGGCCCCCCACUUCCUGACGGUGUGUAAGCCCAACUACACGGCCCUGGGCUGCCAGAACGGCCUGCGCUACAUCAGCCACCAGGAGGCCUGCACCGGGAACCAGGAGGAUAUCCUGCGAGCACGCAAAACCUUCCCCUCCAAAGAGGCCGCGCUCAGCGUCUAUGCAGCCCUCUAUCUUGCGAGUUACAUCACGUGUACAGUGGAAGCCGAAGGGACGCGGCUAGCCAAACCUGUGCUGUCCCUGGGUCUGAUGUGUCUGGCCUUCCUCACGGGACUCAACAGAGUGGCCGAGUACCGGAACCACUGGUCUGACGUCAUCGCUGGAUUCAUCAUAGGAGUGGCCAUCGCCACUUUCCUGGUGGUGUGUGUGGUGCAUAACUUCAAAGGCAAGCUGUUUCUGAGUAGUGAAGACCCCCCACAGGAGAACAUGGCUAAUGCUUCCAUGAUGAGCAUGUCUAGCGUGGAGAGCCCACUGGAGAAGUUCGUCACAUUGCAGAAUCACAUCGCCUUCGCUGAGGUCACAUGACGCUGAAUCAGCAGUCUGGCAAACCCAUUGGACAUCCACGCUCUUCACCGUCCAAUCAAAAAUUGAAUAGCUCUUCACCGUCCAAUCAAAAAUCGAAUAAUCAAGGUGCAAUGCUAACUCAUUAUGUACGGUUACUGUAUGAGGUCUGUUAGUGUUGUUGUCUGUCCGGUCUCUGUAUCAUGGCCAAUACAGCAGUCAGGUAAAAACUCCCCAAUACCAUGACUGGAAAGGCCUUUGCUGGGUUUCUCCAUUUAUUUAAUAUAUUUUGGGACUAAAUCCCCAAAUGAAGAAAAUCAACUGGAAUCAACUUGAAUCAACUGGACCCAGAUGCCACUAUCUACUGAAGCAGAUAGGAAUUCACCAUGGAAGUGACUCAUCCAUUUUGCCACAAUGUUGGUCAAAUAGGUUCUUAAUCAUCACUUCUAAAUUAUAAAUUUUGACAAAUAUGCAUAUCAAUUCAGGAUUAGUAAAAUCUGCUAACAUGUGCAUUGCAAGACCUAACUGCUAAAGUGUUAUUAUAUUAAAAUGAUGAAAAAAAUAGCUGUAUAAAAUGUAUACAUACGUCAAUAUCCUUUUGCCAAAUGUUAUUGCUGUCUAUUUUCUUAUGGUUGUACACUGUAUGUUCUGUAUGUUCUGUAUGUACUGUAUGCGCUGU